CGUACCAUAAAAUUUAAUGCACGACAAAGCAAAACCCUUCGUUUAGACGACACAGCAACAGUACAUAUAUUCUCCACGCCACUUGACUCACUAUCCAUAAACAUCAAACAUUAAAGACUCUCUUUUUCUCUCUCACCUUUAUGCUAUUGCAAAAUUAACAUCUUUAAAUAAACCCUCUUUCUUUCUCUCCCAAAAGAAAAAUAUAUAUUUUUAUAAGUCACAUCCUUCAACAUCUUCCUCACACACACACACCCCAAAGUGCUUCUUCCUUUUCUUCCACCACUUUCUACCCUUUCACUAAAACAAAAAUAAAAAGCAAAAAAUAAAAUAAAAUAAUAAACAUAAUAAUGAACGGUCACCAAACCCAUGUCCAUGACCAUUCCAACGUUAUAUAAUGUCUUCUAACCACUGCUUCGUCUUGCUGUAGAACCAACGAACCAAAUUCCCCAAAAUCAAAACCAGAGUUUGCCUUGUCAUCUUCAUCUUCCCUUUUGGAGUUACACACAAAUAUCUUCAUCCACAAAAAUCAUGAGGAGCUUCUCGAAGAACAAGUUCCUAUGUUUUCGCCCUGUCGUCGACAUAGAUUGCAUGUUAAAGUCCGAGGUUGCUCCUCAUCGUUCUUCUUCUCCCAGUCAUUUCUCACGCGUCCCCACUUCGGAGAAGCAACAAAUGGUGAAGAAUUCAAAACCCAAAUCUGUAUACUUCCACCACGUUUCACCUAAACGGACGAUUUCUCGGGUGAUCAAAGCUGCGUUCUACGAAACCAUACUGAAUAAAAGAGAUCACCAUAAAAACCGUUACAUCCAUGAUUCAUUUGGGUACAAACACAAGAAUUUGAAGUAUGGGGAAAGAAAAACCCUUCAAUCGCCUUUGUCAACUUCAUCUUCAGCUUGCUCCAGCUCACACGCGUCAUCAGAAUCAACCAACGUUUCAAAUCACUACUCCACUAAGGAAAAAGGGAAAGAGGGUGGUCAUGGAAGCCCACUGGAGAAGCAAAAAAGGUUCGAGUGCUAUGGAAUAUACUUGGUUCUAUUCAGCUUAGCGUUUACGGUAUUUUGGGGAAAGCUUUUUGGUAUUCUUUUGACUUCAACACUGCUCUACUUUUUCGCCGUUUGGGACUCGAGUUCUCCGUGCAAAAAAAGGUCACCAAAAACUCCAAGGCUCAGAGAAAGUCCACAAGACAAAGAUACCAGAAAUUAUCACGACAUAGUUCAAGAUUAUCGCAUGGCCAUAGUCCCGUUUAGUUUUCACGUGACACAUGAUCGAAAAUUUGAUCGUGUGUCAGAUGAUAAUUAACAAUGACUAUACUAAUCAAGAGCUUUAUGAUAGUUUCUGCAUGUUCGCAGGGACUAUUAGGAAGUACCAUAAUGAGGCAUUAAAUUUUGACGUGAGAAUGGUCCUUUUUCGUGCUUGGUGCAUGCUUCUACAUUCUCUGCUCUGCCAUCUCUAUGCUUAGUGUCGAAGCUUUCUUAGGCAUAACACAAAAGACAGUGACAUGAGUGCUCUUCCAGUGGCUAAGCUUGGAAAGAAUUGUAAGGGUGGGAGAGACAGAAGAAGCAGUUCCACAUUUAUUUCCCUUUGCCAUGCUUUUGUUUGGGUUUCUGACAUGACAAUACAUAUCUAACCGAUGCAAAGUAUGAAAAGUAGUUAAUGAAAUUUGACAGGGAAAGAUGUUGGUUGUUGUAUUGAAAUUAAGUUUUAUUUGUACAGAAUUUACUUCUGAAAUAAUACAGUGCAUUCAUGAUUUGUAAAUUAUAUUAAAUUAUCUCCGGCAAUCAGAUUCUAUAAUAUGGUUUUAAAAUAACAAGUACAUAUUUUCAGCAAAU